UAGUCCAGAUCUAUGCUUUGUAUAAGUAGUGAUAAUAUUGAUGAACAUCAGUCUCCGAUCAAGCGUUGAACUAGACGGAGUUCGCUAGUACAAUUGAUUCAAAUUGUCGCAAGAUGAUGUUUCACCGAGUGAACUUGUACCGAUGGAGUUUUCCAUUGGUCAGUUUAGUGUGUUUGGCAAUGCAAAGUGUUGGAGCGCUCGAACUGGGUGAAAGCUGUGUAAAUCCUGCAGGACAAUCGGGCAAAUGCAUUCUCUUCCGAGAAUGCAAACCACUUGUUGACAUCUACUAUAAACCAAUCAAGACACACGAGGAUACAGAGUUUCUAACGCAGAGUCAGUGUGGUAUGCUGCAAUGGAAAUCUUUGGUAUGUUGUGCAGCGACCAGUCAGAGAUCUUCGUUGCCAGAGACUCCAAACUGCGGCAUGCAAAUGACCGCUCGUAUCGUUGGUGGCCAAGUUGCAAAUAUCGAUGAGUUUCCGUGGACAGCGUUGAUCGAGUUUCGGAAGGCAGAUGGAAGCUUAGGUUUCCAUUGUGGAGGGACACUUAUCAAUGAGCGUUAUGUUGUUACUGCUGCUCACUGCAUCGUAUCAAUAGAUAAUCUUUUUCCGGUCCAUCGUGUACGUCUCGGUGAAUGGGAUUUAGCUACGGCCACUGAUUGUCAGGAAGGCAUUUGUUCUAAUGCGCCGAUCGAUAUGAACAUAGAUGAAAUUGUUGUCCACGAAAAGUAUAACCCGAAGGAUGCGAGCAAUGCUAACGAUAUUGCGCUGAUUCGUUUCACCCGACCGGUACAGUACUCUGAAACAAUAAGACCGAUUUGUCUUCCGUUGAGUGAAUCGCUUCGUAAUCGUGAUCAUGUCGGGCAAUCGAGUUAUGCUGCUGGUUGGGGUAUAACGGAAACAGGAAAGGCAAGCGAGCAGAAGAUGAUAGUUGAAUUGAAUAUCAUGAGCUUGCGAGAGUGUCAAUCAAUAUAUCAGUUGUACAGAGUUUUGUUGAAAACGAUGCACAUGUGUGCCGGAGGUGUGCGCGGAAAGGACACGUGCAAUGGUGAUUCAGGUGGUCCUCUGAUGCGUCAGCAUGCAGGUUCGUGGUAUUUGAUCGGUGUGGUCAGCUUUGGACCAUCUAACUGCGGCACGGCUGGUGUUCCGGGUGUGUACACGAACGUGGCAGAGUAUAUUGAUUGGAUAAAGGACAAUAUCUACUAGAACCGCAGACCAUUAUUUACCGUGCAUGAAUACUGUGCCAUGUGGAACAGAGGUGUCAGCGCGUUUUACGCAAAUUUUCCAUAACUAAAUUCUGUAAAAGAAGAUGUUCUGAGAUGUGUAAUAAAAUUUGAUCGGAAGAAAGAA